AUGUACCCCAUUGCUUGGGCUGUAGUUGAGGCUGAAAAUGAAGUAUGCUGGACUUGGUUUAUUAAAAUUCUGAGUGAGGAUUUGACAUUGGGUGAAGGAGUAGGCAUUACACUUAUCAGUGAUCAGCAAAAGGGCCUGGAAAAUGCAGUACAGAGACUACUUCCAUCGGCUGAGCAUAAAAACUGUGCAAGGCAUAUCUAUGCAAAUUGGAAAAAAACUCACAAAGGUCCACUUUUGAAACAGCACUUCUGGAAACUUGUUAGAAGCACUUACAUGGAAGAGUAUGAGAUUGCUUGCAGAGAACUCGAGAAGGAAGAUGGACAGGCAUAUGCAGACUUAAUGGACAAAAACCCAAGCAAAUUCUGUAAGGCUUUUCUAACACCUUCCAACUGCUCUGAUGUCAUUCUGAACAAUGUGUGUAAGUGUUUCAAUGCCUAUAUUCUGGAUGCUAGGAGUAAACAUGUGUUAGACAUGCUAGAUGAAAUGAGAACCAAGCUGAUGGGGAGACUUUACAGAAAAAGUGUAGACAUAGAGAGUGCUGGGGUAAAUUCAAAUGUGUGUCCAAAGGUGAGGAAGAAAAUUGAAGCUAUGGUCUAUGAGAGUAGAAACUGUACUACCAUUCCUGCAGUUGGUGGUAACUUUGAAGUUAGUCACUUUGAAGAUAGGUUUGUGGUGACUCCUUCAUUAAGGAAGUGUGGGUGUAAGAAAUGGGAUUUGACUGGCAUCCCUUGUAUCCAUGCAUGCGCUGCUAUACACUUCCUCAAGCAGACUGUAGAUGAUUAUGUCCACGAAUACUACUCCUUGAGCAAGUACACAUCUGCCUAUGGAUAUGGAUUGCCAGCAUUAAAUGGGGAGAAGCUCUGGCCUCAAGCUGAGGGGUACCCGGUUGUACCUCCACCUGUGAAGAAGAUGCCCGGUAGGCCCAAGAAGGUGCGAAGGAGGGACCCAUUCAAGAAGGAUCCGGGCAGACCCAAUAGAAUGAGGAAAAUUUGUGUGAUGACAUGCCAGAAGUGUUUACAAGAAGGCCAAAACUCCAGGACUUGCAAAAACGAGUCAGUUGAGGUUCUGCCAAAGCCAAAGGCCAAAAUGGGAAGGCCUCGGAAGACACCGUCCAAUGCAGAAGGUGGUACCAUCGCAAUAAGAGGAAGGGCUGGAAGAAGGGGAGGUCGUGGAGGACGCCGUGGAGUUGUGGAUGGCUCAAUCCCCACGCAACAAAGCAACACCAACAAUGGUUGA